AUGAGGCCCACAACUAUCCUGACGGUCAGCGCCAUCACUGCCAGUGCUGUAGCCUCCACCACGUACCCCAACGUCCACGCCGUUGUAGACCUCAAUGCGCGCGCCAUGGAUCCAGCAACCAUGGACCCGACCAAGCUCUCCGUUCUCUCCGUCCUGAAGACUGUGAUGCCCACAGCUACCGGCACCGACGUUGUCCUGCCAACAGGCGGCGCAACUCCGCAGUGGUACAAAGACCUCCCCGCAGACGUCAUGGUCUUGCUUGUGCAGAUGUAUCCUGUGGCUCAGGUAGCAGCUGUGAGUGGGACCUCGAGCAUUGCGGCGAAUGCAUCCUCAUCUUUGGCUCAGGAGACACUCGCUGCUUCCCAGACUACUCGGACCAGGUCUCUGGAGCUUGUGUCCACGGCAACGGGCAACGCGACCAGUCUUUCCACUGGCUCAUCAAACAAUGUUGCAGCGAACGGCACAUUGCCUACUGGUGCGCCUAGCCCGUCGAAGUCUACGUUCUCCACUGGCGCUAAGAAUACUGUGAGACUGGAGAGUUGGUCUUUUGUCCUAGCGCUGGGUGUUACGGCUUGUUUCUUCGCUCUUGCUUAG